UCUAUUGCGUGGCCGUUUCAGCUGCCGGUCGAGAAUUCGUAAGCUCGAUGGACUGUCUGGUUCCGCAUCUAUGGUUAAGCUCGCGGCCGGUGGCGUCUCUCUGCCCUCGAUCUUUUGAUAUGCCAGGCUUUUCCCAGGUUGUUCAAACUGCUGCUAAAUAACCUACGAUGUAAAAGACUCUCUGUCGAAGAUAUGAAGACAUAACUCUCGAUGCUUCGAGUAAGACCUUGCUGGUUCCGCCGACGUUUCCAGAAGUCACCCGAUGAGCAGAUCAUGGGCAGCCUGUUCGCCUCUCCUACGGAUGAGGGCCGUUGUGAUGAUAUCCCCCAUUCAAUCGGCCGGAUGUGUCAUAGUGGUUCAUACAUCAUGCGAAGCCCAUCGUUAAAGGCUUCAUUGUCUGUGACUGUAGCUCAACCAGCAACAGAGACAUGUCUGGAACGACGCAAUCAGUCAGUCUCUCAACCUCAUUGGUCAGACUCAGCCAGACCGUCCAUGCCUGUCUCUCAAGAACUGAGCUUUAGGGCAGGCGGGAUGACAAGUCGGUUCACGGUAUGGAACACCCGCUGGCUGAGCCGUGCGAGCCGUCGAGGAGUCUGCCGCUGCACUAGCAUUACCUCUCGCGCUCGUAUAACGUUGGGAGUCGAAGGAAUGAGGUUGGUUUAUGUUGCCAAAGAUGGAGAGAGACGCAGUGAACUCGGCGCCAUCGCAUAACCUGUCGUCGUCAAGGAUCGAGAGGGUGAGUAAACGAUCUGCGAUGUCAUCAUGACUCCCAGCCACUCGGUGGCAAAACAUCUCGCCUGCCUCCUACUUGCAGUACGCAUCUGAAGAACAUCAUGCUUCUGCAUCCUGCAAGCUUCAACGCAUCUUCGACUAGC